GCCAGUUCCGUCAGUUCAGAAUGUACCUACCGAGGAAGACGGUGGCAGACGAGGCCCACCAUAGCUACCUCGCUGCCCGCGUGGCCUCACCCACUCACCUGGACUCAUUCUUCAAGUCAGUAAUGGUGGUGGAAGAAGGGCCUAGAACGUACCCUCCCUCCCUGGGGAAAUCACCCCUGACGACGGGGGCCCCCUCAAACCAAACCUCGUUGCCUACCAGGUCUGUUGCCGUCUCUGAAAAAAUCACCCUCUUUGUUUUGUCCCAACUAACAUUACGACAUCUCUGAAUAUAGGACACGUGAAGGUUCUGCAUCAUAGUAAUGCAUUAGUGUAUUAUACUACCUCUAAAUAAAGCACACUCUCAAUGUCCCCGAGGUGUCCCUUAUUCAGAGGUUCCACUGUAGCGACAGCUCCCUCUGAUUUCGCAAUAGUAGGUGACAACGACGGUUCCGUUUGAGUUGGACAUCGUCAUGGAGACGGGGUUGUUUAGCACGGUGAUGAGUGUGAGUGGUGAGAGGUUGAGCAGUGCGCUGGAGAAGAAGGAGAAGAACUUUGACCUCAGAUUCGAGGACACCUUCCACCUCAAAGAGAAGGGGUUUAAUGAGUCUGAGAUAGACUGUGCCAGAGCCGCUUUCAGCAAUCUGAUUGGUGGGAUCUCCUACUUCUUCGGCCAAUCAAAAGUUAUUAGCAGGGAUCUCGACGAACCGGUGGACUACUGGCCGGCAGAGCUGUACACGGGGGUUCCGUCACGUUCCUUCUUCCCUCGAGGAUUUCUGUGGGAUGAGGGUUUUCACCAGCUGCUUGUGGCUCACUGGGACACCUCCAUCACCAAGGAUGUGUUGGCUCACUGGCUGGAUCUCAUCAACAGUGAAGGAUGGAUACCCAGGGAGCAGAUCCUGGGACACGAGGCCAGGAGUAAGGUUCCUCCUGAAUUCAUCGUCCAACACAACGAGAACGCCAACCCGCCCACAUUCUUCCUCACCAUGGAAACGCUGUUGUCUCGUAUGGAGUCGGAGGGGAGGGUUGACAUGGAGUACCUCGACUCCGUUUACCCCAGACUCCAAGUCUGGUACUCAUGGUUCAACUCCACACAGUCGGGGCAACGACCUCUGACCUAUCGUUGGAGAGGUAGAAAUGCCACCACUGACAGGGAACUGAACCCUAAGACACUGACGUCCGGGCUGGAUGACUAUCCGAGAGCCACUCACCCCGCCACUGAUGAGUACCACGUUGACCUCUACUGCUGGAUGACUCUUGCUAGUGGUGUGAUGGCCAAAAUGGCCGACCUCCUCAAUAAGGACUCCAGUUACUACUGGGCCACUUACAGAGCUCUAGCUGACCCCAGGAACCUUGACUCACUACACUGGGACAAACACACCAUGGAGAAAGCGGAGGAGGUGGGGGGAAGGGAGAGGGGGUGACAGACGCAACGAAAGUGGUGUACCAGUCAAUAGAUUUCGAUGUGACCGAAGGCCUCAGGAAGACGAAGGAAGACAGAGAUAAUCAGAGAAAUCGAGAGAUCGAAUGGCUGCAGCGGGAGCAAAACCUCCUCAAGACCACUCUGACAUGUACGGCUAAAUAGCCAGAGACUAAGUCCUAUCAUCAUACAUGUUUGAAUGAGAGAUGUGUAUUCUAUGUACAGUAUAAUAGUGUAUUGCGGUAAUUUUAAUCUCAGAGCCUUUUAUAUCCUUCACGCUCACAUUC